AUCACCACCGUUGCCCCAACCUCCUCUUUCCGCGCGCGGGGGGUAAAUUGGACCCUACUGCCCCCUUCGUUACCGGAUUGGGACUAGUAUUGGAAAGACGUUGGGGAAUCCGUCACACUAUCCGUCAGCCGGGUUAGCGCUCGCCUAGAGCGGGUAUUGGUUGUGAGUGGGAAAGAACUUUUAAAACAAAACAAAAAACUUUAACGUUAAUAAAACAGUGGUAGUCCCUGAACUGCAGAUCAAUCGCAAAACCUAAUUAGCUGCUAGCUCGCCUGUAUGCUGGGAAUUUAUGGAAUCUAAUUUAUUUUAAAUGUCUUCAGUCUGUUACGCUACUGAGUGAACUGAAGCCAACCAUGGCGCAUAAUUAAGGCUUCCAUUACGGGAAAGUUGCGCCGUUGCAGGGUAGACUUGCAAAAUAUGUUUAUUCUCCAGUGUUUUUAAUCGAACCAACGAAUUGACUCAUCUGGUUCGAUGGCAAGCUGAAUUUGCUAAUUUAGCUAACUUCUAACAACCUUUUAGAUAACUUCUAACAGUGUUUUACUGUCUGAUUGUCUACUCAGCUAUACAGUGUCUAGGUGGUCGUAGCAGAUUGAGCCUUCGAAGGUUUCAAAAAUAAAUAUUUGCUGAUCAAGUUGUUGAUCAGGGUGGCUAAUAGUAGCCUAUAGCAAACUAGGUUGGUUUUGUUUAGAUUUUUGUAGUUGGAUUUUCAGAAAGUCGUAAUUUAUAUUAGCAAUUAACGUUAGGCUAUAGCUAUCUUUCGGUAGUUUAUGAGGCAAUCUGAAAGCUUCCAAUUUAGAUUAGCAAACAGUGUUGGAUUAACAGCCCUCAAAACGAAUAAAUGUCUCCAGCACUGGUUGUGUUUACCAGCUGCCAGAAUUCAUACCCGUUUCAGGAACGCCAUGUGUAUCUCAGAGAGCCCGUUAAGAUCGGGCGCGCCGUGGCACGAUCGCCACCGGCCAAAAACAACGCAAUCUUUGACUGCAAGGUGCUAUCGCGGAAUCACGCUCUCCUCUGGUUCGACCACAACUCCGGCAAGUUCUAUCUGCAGGACACAGGCAGCAGCAACGGCACCUUCAUCAACAGCACACGACUGAGCCACGCCCACCAGCACGGUCCCCCCUCCCAGAUUUUCACCGGUGACAUCAUCCAGUUUGGGGUGGACGUGACGGAGAGCAGCUGUAAUGUCACCCAUGGAUGCGUGGUGUCCUCAAUAUGCCUGUUUCUGCCCGACGGUGUGGAGGCUUCUCACCGUGCAGAGGAAGAUGCCACUCCGCCUGAAGCCAGUCCAGCGACAUCACCGCUUCCUGUGUGGAAGGUUGCAGAGAGCACACCCAGCGUGUAUUCCCUGGAACUGUUCCAGCUCUCCCAGUAUCUGAAGGAGGCCUUGCAGCGGGAACAGAUGUUGGAGCAGAAGUUGGUGACGCUGCAGUGGCUGCUGGGAAGGACACAGGAAGCCUCGGAGGCCAGUUUUCAGGCUGUAGUAGAUGAGGACCAACUUCUCUCCAGGUUAGAGGUCAUGGAAAACAUGCUGCAGGCAUUAUCUGGAAACCAGUGUGAGGGCAGGGUUCUGGAGCUGGCGGCCUAUCAGAGCACAGCCAAGGAGGCCCUGCGUCGCGUCCUGCGGGAGAAGGUGGAGGUGUGCCAGACCCUCAGUAAGGUGGAGCUGAGUCUGUCUAGCGCGCAGGACACCUGCUUACACCUGCAGCACCUGCGCGAGCGUGCCGAACAGGAGCUCACGGAGCUGGCCAGCAAGUACAGCAAGGCCGUCAGCAUCAUCCAGGGCCUGACCCACACCAUAAAGCUGGCAGAGAGCCAGCAAGAGAAGCAGCUGCAGAAGCACCUGCAGGAGAAGAUGGAGCUUCAGCUCCUCAUCCAAAGCCUGGAGGAGCAAGAGCAGGAGCCACAGACCAACAGCGACACCAAGGAGUGUCUUCAGUCUGUACAGGGUUGCUUGGAGCAGCACCAGCAUAAAAUCACAAAGAGCCACUUUUUGGCUUCUCCCUUCAGUGGACUCCUCCAGUGUCUCAUGGACGAAAAGACGCUCACGAAAGAAUGGUUUCUCCCACCCCCCUCGGAGUCUCUGAUGGAUGCUUCUGGCUGGACAGUGUCAGGCACACUGAGCUCGGUAGAAGACUGCACCAUGCACUCGACAGGCAGAAUGGAGGAGAAGAAAGACACUGAGGCUGUGAAUAACGUCACGCUGCUCACUGAGGAUUGUGGGAGUGGUGAGCUGCAGUCCAGAGAGGCGGAGCUUCAGUCCAGAGGGGUGGAGCUGCAGUCCAGAGAGGCGGAGCUUCAGUCCAGAGGGGUGGAGCUGCAGUCCAGAGAGGCGAAGCUGCAGUCUAGAGAGGCGGAGCUUCAUUCCAGAGAGGUGGAGCUUAGGUCCAGAGAGGCGGAGCUUCAGUCUGGAGAGGCGGAGCAUGUUGCCCGUCUGAACAGCCAGCUGCAUGAGGCACAGGACCAGGCUUCUAGCAGCCAGAGCAGAUGUGUGGAGCUCCAGGAUGUACUGGAAAAGGAGAGGAGAGAAGCCCAGCUCCAUUCCCAGGAAUCAGCCAAUCAGAUCCAGGCUCUGCAAGCCCAGGUGCAGAAGCUGCAGGAGGAGGUGCAGGUGUUGUGUGCGGAGCGGGCGUGCGUUGUGUCCCGUGCCCAGGAGGAGGUGCUGUUGCUGCAGGGUGCAGUGGAGGCCAGCGCCAGCGAGCGGAAGAAGGAGAGAACCGCGCUGCAGGAGAGUCUGGCUGCCGUUACCGCCGAGCUGGACAGGGGGCGCCGCAGAGCAGCCGAAUGCGAGCAGGAGAGCAGCAGCCUGAAGGCCCGUCUGCAGGAGCUCCAGCUGCAGUCUGCGCAGGCUGCGCAGCUGCAAGGUGAGCUGCAGAAGAACUGCUUCGUUCUGCAGACCGAGUGCGCAGCCCUGUGCUCUGAGAAGACUGCGCUUCAGGAAAAUAUGCAACACCUGGAGAAAGAGCUGCACAGCUCGCGGGACCAGGCUGCCCUGCUGGGCCGUAGUGUCAGUGCUCUGGAGCGCACACAGGGGGAGCUAGAGAGCAGACUGGCAGAGCAGCAGGAGCAGCGCCAGCAGGACCGGGCCCGACUGAAGGCCCAGUUAGACCAGGCAACCGCAAGAAUCAAGGGCCUUCAGAGAGAGUAUGAGGACACUCAGGUAGAGCUGGUUCAGGUGAAGCAGAGGUGCUCAGAGGUGGAGCAGGAGAAGCUGUCCCUGUCAGAGGAGCUGCACCAGUGCAAGGACAGCCUGAAACAACUGCAGGAGAGAUAUGAGGACACUCAGGUGGAGCUGGUUCAGGUGAAGCAGAGGUGCUCAGAGGUGGAGCAGGAGAAGCUGUCCCUGUCAGAGGAGCUGGACCAGUGCAAGGACAGCCUGAAACAACUGCAGGAGAGAGCCAGCCGACCCUCCCUGCAUCCUGUCCUGGCUAUGCUGGUGGGUGUGGUCCUGGCUGUCCUGUUCUGGGGGUACAGCUCCCUGUGGUAGUUGCAGAGUGGCUGGCUCUCCUGGGUCUCGGCGGUUGCGCUGAUGGUUGUCGGAGGUCUGCUGUACACCACCCUGCCUGAGAACUCCACCUGAUCCCAUGGAGCUCCGCCCCUUACCCGAAAAUCUCCCCCACUGACUUAGGAGCCCUGCCCACUUUCCAGCUGCUCCACCCCUAACCCACAAACCACCCCUGCCUACUGAGGAGGCCCCGCCCACUUUCCAGCUGCUCCACCCCUAACCCGCAAACCAUCCCCACCUACUGAGGAGGCCCCGCCCACUCUUCAGCAGCUCCACCCUUAACCCACAAACCACUCCACCUACUGAGGAGGCCCCACCCACUUUCCAGCAGCUCCACCCCUAACCCACAAACCACCCCACCUACUGAGGAGUCCCCGCCCAUUUUCCAGCAGCUCCAUCCCUAACCCACAAACCACCCCACCUACUGAGGAGGUCCCGCCCACUUUUCAGCAGCUCCACCCCUAACCCACAAACCACCCCACCUACUGAGGAGGCCCCGCCCACUCUCCAGCGGCUCCACCCCUAACCCACAAACCACCCCACCUACUGAGGAGGCCCCGCCCACUCUCCAGCAGCUCCACCCCUAACCCACAAACCACCCCCACCUACUGAGGAGGCCCCGCCCACUCUCCAGCAGCUCCACCCCUAACCCACAAACCACCCCCACCUACUGAGGAGGCCCCGCCCACUCUUCAGCAGCUCCACCCUUAACCCACAAACCACUCCACCUACUGAGGAGGCCCCACCCACUUUCCAGCAGCUCCACCCCUAACCCACAAACCACCCCACCUACUGAGGAGUCCCCGCCCAUUUUCCAGCAGCUCCACCCCUAACCCACAAACCACCCCACCUACUGAGGAGGUCCCGCCCACUUUUCAGCAGCUCCACCCCUAACCCACAAACCACCCCCACCUACUGAGGAGGCCCCGCCCACUCUCCAGCAGCUCCACCCCUAACCCACAAACCACCCCCACCUACUGAGGAGGCCCCGCCCACUCUCCAGCAACUGGCAGAGCCCCACCUUGUUUCCAGUCAGUGUUUUAGUGCCAGCGCAUAGAGAGGGAAUAAACCUACAGACUUACACUAUAGAUAAAAUAUUUGAUCUCCAAGUUAUUAUCCACUUUAUUUUUUAUAUAUGGCAGAAGCUUUAAGUGUUACUGCAGCCAAAAAUGGGAGAACAUUGAGGCUUUUCUGUUUUCUUUUUAUCUGUCACUGAUACUUGGGUAAUUUUGUACACAACCACUUAAAGGAAAAGGGAUUUUAGUUAAAGAAUAAUUACCAGGUAUACACAGAGUAUUUAAACUCAUGGGGCUUAUAGGUCCAAGUGCUUCCUGUGGAUAUUUGUAGCAUCCCUGACGAUGACCCCAGCCUUUGAAAGGAAAUUACAUUACACACACACACAUACACAUACAUGAAUGCGCACACACACACAUGCACACAAAUGGUUGUGUAGAAAUGCUGAAAGCUCAUGUUUGUUGUAGUUGCACGAGACCAGCAAGGACUAAGUACUCCACCAUUAGAAGGGCAAUUACAUUUUAACGUAUCCACUUAUGUCAGUUUUCAUGUUAUUGUGAUACUGAUCAUUCACAUUGGUCAUUCCUGUAUAUCUGUAUUAAAUCAAAUUCUAGGAGAACAUCAUCUGCUCAUCUAAGAAGAUAAUUACUGCUGCAAAGCUAUAGAACAUACAGAACAGAUUUUCAAAGGAUCCGUCUACUUGAAAGCCUUCAUUUUGUUCAUUUAUAUGGUAAAUAAAUAUAAACAUUCACUGGUCUGCAGAUUGAUUAUCCUUUCAGACCAGGCAAAUAUUUUGAAAUGUAGGAAUAACGUUCAAACAUAGUUUUGUGCAAAUGUGCUUCAGAAGCUGGUUUUGAGGGCUAAGUAGAUGAGUAAUUGCAGAUAGUUAGGGUUAGGGGUAGAGUUCGGGUUAGGGUUAGGGUUCGGGAUAGGGUUAGGUUUAGGCUUAGGGUUAGGGUUAGCGUUAGCGCUGAUUGAGUCGUAUGAAGCAGUGGCAGGCACCGUACCUGCACCUACAGGAGUCGUGUCCACGCAUCCUUCUGGAACAGUAACCUUCUGCAUUGUGCUUUUGUAAGUGAAUGGGUUUUAUAACCAGUGCUGUAAUGGUUUGUGGAUGGAGAGCAAACGGUCUGUCCUCUGUUUGUGGUUUUUAUGCUUUAUUUUGAGGAGAGAACAGAUUAUCUGCUCUACUUUUCAAAUAAAAAAGUUAAUUCACAAACUUCCA